UCCCUCUUUAUCUGCGGCCAGGACGGUCUUGCCACAGGGCCUCUCAUUGUACCACCAGGCUGGGUGCCCGACACACGUCUACUGCCGUGAGACAAAAGCGUAGCUACAAGAGUCCUGCCUGAGAGACCCAAGAUGGCAGCGGUGGUGGUGAUGAUAGUGAUGGUGUUGUUGGAUAGUAGCGGCCUCACUACUGCCGUGGCUGCUGGCGGUCUCGAAACACAGACGGUACACGUGGCUCCCGAAGUACUGACGGACCUGGUAAAACUGGCCGAAAGCUUCUGUGUCGCGAUGCCACACCUGUCCGAGUGCCAACAGGUCAAAGGAACCUUCCAGACAGUCUUCGAGGAAGCAGGACUAGACACCUACCACCCAGGCAACAGCUUCCAUUAUACGGCCAUCCUUGACCAACACGCCCUCAUCUACCAGCAGUACUCAGAGGCGAUGCAGACGAAAGAGAAUCUAACCAGUGCAGUAGUCAUCCUCAGAGACCAGAAAGAGGAGAAGAUAGAGAGUGUUAGCAGACUGGAAUCACGCAUUACCAACUUCAGAAACGUCACCUCUUCCUCCAGCAGGUCGUCAUCGUCUCCAUCGUCUCCUGGUACUGGCGCCUUAAAUCCCUGGCAUGGUACCUCCCAAUACUCACCGACGGCCUUCGUGCACAGACCAACAGACUGUGCAGACCUUCUCUUGAUGGGACACUCUACUAGUGGAGUGUACGACAUCUACCCCUUCAGGUGUAAGUGUAGUAAGCCUGUGAAGGUUUGGUGCGACAUGGAAACUGAAGGAGGAGGCUGGACUACCUUCGUCUCCCGACAAGUCCAGGACAAGAGAGAGAAUUUCAGCCGCACUUGGGACGAUUUUCAGGCUGGGUUUGGUAACUCUUCGGCUGAGUAUUAUUUAGGUAAUGAGAUUCUUCACACCUUGACGUCAUCGAGGGGGUACAUUUUGAGAGCGGACUUCCACACUAAGGAGGGCUACUACAAAUGGGCAAAGUGGUCCAAGUUUAUCGUCAAUAAUCCUACUACAAAGUACAAGCUGGAUGUGGGAGGCUUCCAAACGAUUAGUUUAACUGAUGACUGCAUGGCUCAAUUUAACGGUCGACCUUUCUCUACGUGGGACUUUGACAACGACCCUUCAAGCAGUAACCAUGCCCUGACGUACCACGGAGGAUGGUGGUACAACAACCCGGGAUUACUUCUCCCUUUUAACCUCCAAAGUGACGGUACCAUCGCCUCAAAAUGCCGGUAUAUAUUCGACGGUGCCUGGGUAAUUAUGAACCUCAACAAGUUACAGUUGAAGAUGAGACCCACCGUUUGUAACAAUAAUGUCAAAGCCGCUUAUUUCAACACUCACAAUUGUAAUAUGUCUGAUAAUUAACUAGUGAUAAAGUACUGUACUGUAUGUUUACAUGUAUGAUAACUAAUGGCGAAGUACAGUAAUGUAUGCAAUGAUGUUUGGUAACUAUAGUGGUUAAGUUUCAUAAUGUAUAUCUACAAGUAUGAUGUAUAAUAACCAGUGGUGAAAAAUAUGUCUGAAUAAUGAAAUGUAUAAUAAUUACAGAUGAUAUAGCCUACCAUAAUGUAUACUGACAUAAUUGUAUGAUAUAUGACAAAGUACAAUGUUCAUGAUAAUUAGCAAUAACAUAUCUCAUUGUGGAUUCAUGUAAGAUGUAUAAAAACUAGCAAUAAAAAUACUAUAAGGUA